UUAAUAUUUAUCGGUUCACGUUGCCAGGCAGCGGCAGUCACCUUUUUAUGAAAAGCUCUCAUUCGAUUGGGAUGUUUUAACGCAGUUUUCAAUAGUUCUAGGUGUUUGCAUAAAGUUUUUAUUAGUUUCACGUGUUUUUCCACAGUUUUAAGUCACUGUUCUGUCAUGUUAUUUAAAGAGAUUAAAAAUCAGUUAAUGAGAUCAUUCGAUGGUACACUAUGAACGAGACCAUCGCGGAAAAACGAGUGUAGUGUUCUUUGCUAAGAUUCGGAAAGGGGACGCCUUGACCACUGUGUUUUUGGUCGCGCGAUACUUCGGUUUGAACUGCGACUCACGAUGGAGUUGGCCCAAGCAGCUCCUCUACUAUACCUAUGCGGUGACGCUCUUCCUUUUCAACUCUUAUCCGAUGUACUUCGAAAUCAAGGAUGCUUAUUACCACUUCCUCGACCGAGACUACCGCACCGUCUUUCAGAUCAUCGGUGUCGUUAUCAAUGCCGUCGGCUACGUCUUCAUCAUUUUCAACUACUACAAGCACAAGAGGGAAUUUUUCGAGGUUCUGGUGCUUCUUAGAUUGAGCAUGGAGCAGUCCCUACUCUACGCGCCGGAGAUAGUGCGGAGCGUUCAACCCCUGCGGGACAAAUUCGCGAAGCGUUUCCUUAUCCUGAGCAUCUUCGCGUAUGAGCUCAUGUACGUGAUAUGGUGCAGCCCCCCCGUGGUGACGUUCUUCGCGCGGCUGCCCGACGUCAACUACUCGACGCUUCCACUGGCCUACGGUAGGCAGAACUACGGCCUCAACGAGAACGAACCGGUUGAAUUUUGGCUCAUAAUUGUCAUCCAGUUCCUUCACGGCACGGCCUGCCUCAGCGGCAUCUGUUUUGGCAACACUCUCACUCCAAUCCUAUGCAUAUUGCUAGGAUGUCAGCUUGACAUACUGGAAAGAGCACUUACUCAAGUGGGCUACAACGUUGAAGCGAAAACUAAGCGGGCUUUGUUUUUGGCAAAACUUCAUUCGAAAAACAUGCCAUUCAACGGCGGCGAAAUGAUGGAGUUCAAGACAGACAUGACUGAUACCCUGAUCAUUCAAAGCGAUCGCGAUUACUUGACGCAGUGCAUCGAGCAUCAUCAGACCUGCAUGAGGGCGGUGUACAAAAUGAGACCAAUCCUUGCUCCGUACUUAUUUGUCGUUCUGAUGACGACCAUUAUCAGUAUCACAAAUCUUAUGAUCACAACCGCUAUGUAUCAGUCGGACGCUCUGGGAACGAUCAUCAUAAUCAAUACUGGUGUCAUAUUCGUGUCACUACUCGUCAUAAUGACAUGGAGUUUGACGAUGGUCAGAUCAAAACUUUCAAAUGUUCUGAGGUACCUGUAUAACUCAAAAUGGUCGCAACUGAGUGAAUGUCCGAGCAGAAAACAAGAUUUCCUGAUCAUCUCACAAAGCUCCUUUCAGCCAGUCACUUUUCCGCUCAUCAUGUACGGAAAUUUAGAUUUUCCAAGACUCUAUCAGCUCUUCAAUUUGGCAUGGAAUUAUUUCUCUCUAAUGAAAAGUGUAGCCGGACAACUGAAAGAAGUCGAACUUCAUCAACAUUCCGACCAUAUAUCACAUCACAUGGUGACUUGAAAGUGAAGAUCCAUAACUAAGUUUGAUUAUAUCUCAAAAAACUUAAUUCUAAAGUCGCAGUGCCUAUAGCCACGGUCCAAUAUAGUGCAUUCGUCUAUUCAGCUUACAUUUGCAGUGGUGCAAUGGUUUCUCAAGUCCGAAUUUAGAUGCAGUAUUCUUUUUGUGAAAUCUUAAAUAUGCCACUAUAUUAAAGGAAAAAUGACAAACUUCUGUGUCGGGAUUUCUCUUUGUGCAGGGUAUCUCACAGAAAAGUGAUUUAUCAUCUUGGACCAAAAAUCAAGUCCAACCUCACAUGCCAUGUCUACCUCGUUCUCGCGUGUACUGUGUAUGUUCUAUUUGUGAACUUAUAAGGCGCAAUGCAAACUUCAGAGGUUCAGACCUGCUCUGGAAGAGGACAAUGAGAAGAACGAGAAGAGAAAGGCCGGCACAAAAACCCCGGGAGCCUUGGGUCCGAAAGAUGUGGAAGUGUUAUGAUCAGCCGAUGCAUUAGCAAUCAGUAAUGAAUGGCGGUCAGAGUGGAGGGGAGGGAAAAAUUAUGGAACGAGAAAAGAGAAUGGAGAAGAAAAAUCAGCUACUGUUUAAAGCACUGCCUGUGCUGGAGGGGUAACAAGUUAUUGAAAAUGCAAGUGUAAUUUACUCCGCAGGUGCCUAAGGGCGUGUUUUCAAUACAAGCACUUUUUUCAUGUCCCUCUUUCAUCCUCUGCGCCUUGCGCAAUGAACAUGGCUGCCAAAAGAGACUCUAAAUGUUCCUGGUUCGUGAAAUUCUUUUCCACUGGGAGCAUCAUAUUUUCAUUGGUCGCGAGUACAGCCUGCAAAUGUAUUCUUAAGUGUAAUAAUGUAAAUAUAUUUUAAAUCUAUCUCAAA